UUGAUACUUCAGUUCUUAUGGAUGGACAAAUCUGGUUGCACAUAGUUAAUAGAUUGCAUCAUAGUUAACUAUGAUUGCAUCAUUAGUGGUUUGAUAGUCUUGAUAGUCGAAUAUCACUGAGGCUCCUUCAGUAACGACAGCAGAGAUGAAAGUUAUCUGUGCAGGUUUCUCCAAGACCGGGACCAAAACCAUGGCGUCAGCGCUCAGAAUAUUUGGUUAUAACGUGCAUGAUGUCGAGGAGCAAUGGGAAUUUCACAUGGACGAAUAUCAUCAAGCGCUUGAAUCCGCUAAAAUGCCUGACUUCGUGUCCAUGUACGCCAAUGUGGAUGCUGUAACUGAUUCCCCUGCUAUGUAUUUCUUUGAAGAAAUUUUCCAUGCUUUUCCGAACUCCAAAGUUCUCCUGAUGAUAAGAGAUGACGACGAAGUGUGGCUGAAAAGCUGGCUGAAGACGUGUGAAGUUUGGAAUUCAACAGCUUCCCAGCUGUGGGUCAUUUUGGGAAUGAUUUUUACCCCCACAGGUAGAAAGUUUAAGAGGUUUUUAACAAGUCAGACUAAGAUUUAUGAAACUCCAACCGAAAGCAACAUCAAUGAAUCCAGUAAAAGUGCUUAUCGAAGGCAUAAUGAGCGAGUCAUGUCAACAAUCCCGCGAGAUCAGCUUCUUGUCUACAACGUUAAAGAAGGAUGGAAACCUUUGUGUGAGUUUCUUGGUGUUGAAGUCCCAGAUGUGCCUUUCCCUCGUGUAAACAUGAAAAGCGAAGUGAUACCUUUUCUGCUUAAUUCUUCAGCUGUUGGAAGAAGAAUUUUCAAAGAGGUAGUUUUCGUUGUGACUCUGCUGGUUAUAUUGUUGGCUGUGAUUGUGAUGCUAAUUUUAUGAUCAACACGUUAAACCAUAGCAGCUCAAUCAUUCAACUGUCAUUUACUCCUUUUAAGGUAUUAGGAUACGAAAAAUGACGAUUUGCUCGAAAUUUUUUUUUUUUGUUA